GUGGAAGAUAACCCAUAUAUGCAAACGUUUGUUUUAACUUCUACAAUCGGUUAUAGUUAUCCUUAUAUAUUUUGAGGUGCUGUAGAUAUUACACAUUUAUUACGUAUAUGUGUACAUGUAAAAUGAAAUAUCUUUUGCGUGGAAAUAUAUAUGUAAUUAUAGGUACAAUGAUUUUAUUUCUAGCUUGCAUAUGAAUAUAAACAGUAGUUUAAACCGUUUAUGGCAGAAUAAAAUAUUCAUCUAUACAAUAGAUUUACAUCUGAAUCCGAUUAAUAUAUUUUAUUUCUAGCACAUUUUUCUGCAACGUUAACGUAUAACAUACGAUGUGAGAGCUAUUAUUAUAUAUUACAAAUCCAUUAUUCUAAUGGAACAUAGAUGUAAUAUAUUGUAACAUGCAAUAGGGAAAACUGAUAACACGAGCUAUUUAGGAUUAUAAACCUCUGUAGUAGUGAAUACGUGUUCUGGUGGAACGGAGACAUCGUUGAUGCUUCGUAUCAACAGAAUAUUGUAUCUGUCUCUCAUAUAGGUGUACGGCUUCUCGUGUAAUAUAUGUAUGUGUAUGCAGUACAUGUACAUAAUAUGAAACGAUACGACCUCCAAGCGCAAUUGAUUCUGUAUUUAUUCUCCAGUACCCAACUUCAUUUCGAAGUCUUCUUUUUACUAUAACGUAAUGACAUUGCAAAUAUAUUAUUUGUACGUAAUUAAUUGCUUAUAAUUAAUGUCGCGAAUAUUGUGGAAUUUUCAUUAAUAAGUACAGCAGUACUUAUUAUCUUCAUGUACUUCGUGAUUUCUUCAUGAUUAAUAUUUUAUUACAAUUUUGGUAGAUCAUAAUGUUAAAUCAAUAUGCAAUAAUAUUACUAUAUUAAUUUUCCUGAAAUGUAUGGGUCAGCGACGAUGUGAUAUUAUAUUCUUGAUUUUAUUAUAUCGGUUCGUAACUCGAAAGGCAAUACAUCGAUAAAAACGUACUACAGGAUUGUCGUGUUAUAGAUAAUGAAACUUUGAAACGAGACAUAUUAAAAGUUCAACCCGAGUAACUGUACCAUACGUUGAAUACAAUACAUUCUUUAGACGAGAAAAAGACAACAGUAAAGAAAGUGCAACGGAAACAGAACUAAAGAACAAAGAACGAAGAUGAAGUACGCUGUAUGCAAAGCAGUGGUCCUCAAAUAUUUUUAUAUUUUCUACUUCUCUUGAUUUUAAGAAACGCUCAUAUUGAUAUAUCAUGUAUAGUGAUACACAAUAUUUAAAAAAAUUUAUUUACACUAAAAAUACAUAAAUAUCUAUAGUAUGUAUCUUUAUUUAAAAUUAUGAACAAGUGUUCUGAUUUCUUUAACUUUUACCUUCGAGAGCCGCUGUUACAAAGGAUUAGAGGGAGAGAGAGGAAUCGAAUACAUGAGAGAAACAAACGAAAGAAAAUACAGGAGAAGAGAAAGAUGGAAAACAGUAACGGAACAGGAAGAGGGAAAAACUGUGACAGAGGUGGCGGAUGGGUAGGAUGUUGCACACGCAAGUAUGAACGAGAUGAUCUUCGCUUAUAACGGGAUCUUAUAUUCCGAUAGGUCUGAGUGGUGUUAGAAAAAUCAUAACAUUAUUGUGGAACGUAUUGCACCUACCAUUGGUCUCGUACAAGUUAAGGCAAAGAAAAAGAGGAGAAAGAGAAGAAAUGAAAAUAUUACAUGUUAGGACAGAUAAGGACACCAUGAUCUUCCGCUGGCUUCUCGACGAGCUAAAUGUAAAUUUGGGGAUCAAGUGGAGAACAACGAGGUGAGAGAUCGAAGUAGAGAACGUGAUCGUAACAGGAGAGCGGAACGACAAAAUCGCAUAAAUUCUACAAGCCGUGAUCGUAGAGAGCGAAACUAUCGUGGUCGAAAAGCUUCAGAUUGACGAAUCUACGUAUCAAACAUUUCUUAUGAUUUUCGUUGACAAGAUACUGAGGAUUUAUUCAGAACAGAAGUUGGAAAAGUUGCUCAUGUUGAACUUUUUACUGGUGAAAAUGACAAAGCAAGAGCUCGUGGUAUUGUAGAAUUUGAAGAUUCAGACUCGGUAAAAAUUACUGUAGAAAAAAUGCAUCGGUCUGAUAUUAAAAAGGACUUUGAUGAUGAACGGGACAAAUAUGACCGAUUAGCAACAGCUUGUAACAAUGAAAGAGAUCGUGAUAAUAGAUUUAUAGAUCCGCCAAAGUCGCAAGGUGAUAGGCGUCAAAAUAUGAAUGCUCCUGCUGAUGCAUGGGAUGAUAACGGCGACAGUGGUGAUGGUGGUGGAGAUAGAAAAUUGGGGAAUACCUAUGGUCUAGAUACUCGGUUUUUAAAAUCUUUAGGUAUUAAUGAACCUUUAGUUACUAGAGUAUUUGUGACAAAUCUUGACUACGCAGUGGAUGAACAUAAAUUAAUAGAAGUAUUUAAAUUAGCUGGUAAAGUACUAUAUGUUGAAUUAGCAAGAGAUAAACGUGGAAAAUCUCGAGGAUUUGGAAUGGUAGAAUACGACCAUCCAGUAGAAUCUGUACAAGCUAUAUCGAUGCUUCAUAAUCAGAAACUUUAUGAUAGACGUAUGUUUGUGAGACUUGACAAAGUAAAUGAACCAGACGUGCCACAAAAAUUACCAGAAGAGUUACAGGGAAUUGGAAGGGGUCUUGGGACUGGUGGUAGUAGAUUAAUCGAUGUAGCUAGAAACAAUGUUAAUGUACAAGCAAAUAAUCCAUCUAUUGCGAAUCCUGUUUUUGUUCCUGCGUUGGUUGCUGGUGCUUCUGGAGCUGGUUUAAACAAUGUUGUGCCAGCAAAGUUAGCCAAUGGACAAGGCAACAAUGCAUCUGCGUGGCGAGACUUAUCCAAAACGGACGAUGAUGUAGACUUUGAUGAAAACAAUGCUCUUGAUGGUUCUAACUUCGCUGGUGACAGAGAUUUUGAGAGUAGAUUUAACGGAGGGGACAACGAUCGUGUUCCUGGUGGUGGUCUUGCCGGAAAUGAAGGUGAAGAAGAAGGUGGGAACAAACAGAAUACAUAUGGUCUUCGGCCGACAUCAGACAGUAUUCUUAUAAAAAAUCUCCCAUCAAAUGCAACAUGGCAAAUGUUGAAAAACGAAUUUCAAAACGUUGGAGAGGUGAAAUUUGUUGCAAUACAGAGAACUGGCACAGGCAUAGUACAAUUCGUAUCUGAAUGGGAUGCUGUACGCGUUAUGUGUAUCAUGAAUCGGUCAUGUAUUGAUGGUAGGACGAUUGAUGUUUGUCUUUACUAACGUACUUUAACCGUUCGAUAUGUUUCAACUGGUUCAUAAAUCCCGAUAAACUACUUUCCAGAUCGACAAUUCUUAUUAUAUAAAUUAUACUAUAAUCAGAUUGCGAAUGUUUAUAGAGACACAUAUCUUUAUUUAUUUUUAUAUUUAUUUCAUAUAUUCAUUACAUCUCUAUGAAUCAUAUCUCUAUGUAUCAUAUUUUAGAAAAUAAACGAAUUCUUAUAUUCUCCUCUUUUCCUUAUAUUUUCGUACAUUAAAAGCUUUCGUAUGCGCGUAAACCUUCGCAGUUUAUCAGACACAAUAACCACAAAGCAAUAUCUUGUACAUUAUCGUUGAAAAGAGUCGACCGGAUCAUCCAGCUUCGAUUGACAUUCGUAAAACCGCAAACGGUUAUAGAGCAACUGGGGCUCUCAAACUGCCUUUAAUCGGACACAUACACUGUUCCACCGUUUCUAUUAGCAAUAAAUUCAAUCAGAUCUUCCCCUUCGCGUGGUUGUAAAGUCUUGUUACUUCGAGGGGGAACGGAAGCCGACAUACACUUAUCCAGAGCGGAUCGACGAAUGCAAAUUCGCGUAGUAUCACUUAAUUGUUCUGUCGAUCGGAAGGAGCAACGUUCAGCUGGUUAGAAAAGAGGGAAAAGGUCGAUGGACACGAAUUGCCAUUUACGUUCAUCUUGCGUGCCACCUUUUCGUCUUUUAGGAUUUAAAAUUCACAAAUUCGUUGUGACGAAGUUUCACUUUUACAUCGCUAAAUUCUUUCCUAGAAAUGUUUCUGCAACGUGGAAAUCCGCAUUGCUACUGCGAGGACUGAUGUUUGCAUCGUACACAAGUGUCAUUUUGAAAUGACAGUUUGUGCUUCUUCUGACGUAAAUGCAUUUCAUUAAUUUUGAGUGUUUUAUAUCGCAGUCAGCAUCCUCUAUUUAUAUAAAUAGCGAGAAAUGAAAAACACUCGGACUUUAUCCUGUUUCAGGAGGAAAAAGAAUCGUUCGAAUUGCCGGACCAGAUUCGAACUUUGAUCUGUCCUUUACCGAGCAACUGCUGUUAUCAAUCGAGCUAUGUAGGUCAUCGACGUAUUCUUUCUUUUUAAGUCCGAUGCUCGAAAUGGAUGCUGUCUGCACUCUACCAGAACUCCUAAGUUCCCUUUUAUGUAAUAUAGUUCUUUCCCAGCGGAUCGUCGUAUUUGAGUAGUUGUAAAACGCCGCGGUUAUACUUUCGAAUGAAGAUGCGAAGAAUUUACAGGCAUUACCAUAAAAUUUCGAAGAAUUCCUCGAACGUUAUGCGAUUCGUACAUAGAAUAUAAUUAUUCUGUGGUAAUUUUCUAAUUUCAAUUUUCUGUUCUCACGUUUCUAUUUAACGAGUGUUAAAAAAAUGAAGGUAAUUUACAAUCUUAUCAUUAAAAUAGAUAGAAGAUUUUAUUGAAUAAUUAUUCGCAAGAUUUUAAUAUUAGCAAUACCAAAUAUAGAAUACAAAGUCAUAGAAGUUUGGUUCCGUUCACACAUUCACUGCUAUCGAGCAGCAACAUACGUUGCAUUGAUUGCUUGACUUAUCUUUUUUUAUAUUCAAGUAAUAUGAUGAUACAUUCGUCGCGGCAGUUUUUAUGCAAACAAAGUAUAUCGCUCUAUUGAAACAAAGAUUAAUCGUUAAAAUAGAAAUGUUUACGAUGAAAACAGAAUGUAACCCGAGAGUUAGAUAAAUUUGUAGUUGUAUUUUAGUACUAUUUAUUGGGUUAGUGAAUAAGUUAUCAUUGUUAUUUUCAUAUUCUGUAUAACAGUGUAAAUUUAAUAAAUAUACGUCCCUGACAAAAUA